AUGCCUACAGCUGCCUUGGGGUCGUUAUACGACGCCACAAGCGUGGUCGCUCUACGGCUACUCUAUCUUGUAUCCUCUUCCGCAUAUCUUUACGAGAAUCGCGUUCAGAAGCACCUGGAGUCGAUUCAAUCCGCCAGAGAAUUCAUCGCGGCAACCCCAAGCCCCGCAGCUGGGCGGGGAUCUCUUAUGGUCGAACUUCCACUCCGAAUUAUCAAAUCAUGGGCACCAGCAUUGCAGAAACAAGCGACAGGCUUGCAAAAUGGAAGAAAUUCGGUUCGGGAUGAUGGAGAUGUUGACAGUUCAACCGAGCUUUUCGGGCAUGUAGCAUCGUACAUUUAUCAACUCAAUAUGGGCAUAACAUGA